AUGUUUCCGACCGAUACCCUCAACCAACACACGUACGACCUGAACGACGCGAACAGUUCCUCCACGUUUUUUCACAACCCUUCUCGAUCGCGUCUCCAGUUGCCACACCCAGUUCAACGUCUGGAGAUUCCCGAUGACUCGGGGUCGAGCUCCAGCGCAAACACCAGGGAACACGCGUUGCGGCGAAAAACACCCAAUGGAACUUUGGCAGCGGGGUAUGAUGGGACGCCUGGGGACACUACGAUCCAACCCGCGACGAAACAUAUCCUGGUUUCUCCGAUGGAAUCAGGGCAGUUCCUUUCUCCUCAGGCAGGGAUGCAGACGGAGAAUUGGCCGCCCGCCCUCGAUCAGUCCACCACCAAGCACAUGAAUUUCCCACCCAUCUUCAAACACGAUGCGACCGGAGGCAACGCGAUUCCUGCGGGAGAGGUGGUUCAGGAUGUGAAUGGGACGAGCUGGGUUCGUCCUGUCAACAACUAUCCUCCGGGGAUUGACUCGGUUCUCAACCAGUCUCUGCCCCUGCAGCCAUCUCAGCGCUAUAUCUUGCACAACGGCGCCUACGUUCCGACUGUUCUUCCUGCGACCUUGCAUCCCUGCGUCGGACCGACCGCCUCGGCUGGCACUGGACCCUUUGGGCCAUACUGGCCAGAUGGAGUGUAUAUCCCCUACCGUCCUGCCGCCUUUCGUGAUUCUCGCUUUGACUCCCCAACACCUUUUGCAAAGCAGCUGAGCCCUAGCGGCCAGCCUUUGUAUAAUUUUAACCAAUCAUCUUUUAAUCAAACCCAGCUCCCACUUGGGAGCCAUCCAGACUCGGGGCUUGGAUGGGGUCAGUCUGCGCCCGGGUUGCCUCCCCAGGACCCUCUGAUGAAAACUCACUUUCCGCCGCGCCAUUCAGACCAGCUGCCCUUUCACACCCGUGCCAACCGGUCUUUAUCGGGGUACUCGCCACAAACCUUGGGAAAUGAACCCGCGACCUGGUCCGGUCGUCCGUCGGGACAGGCCUUUCAACCUCCAGGGCCUGCGGUCGCCUCAAACACGGAGUUCAAAGAGAAAAUCAUGUCCUGGGCUCAUGGUGUUUAUGUCGACCUCCUCGCGACCAUCCAUCAGGCUCGUCGCAACAGCAUCUCAAACGGCACCGAUGGCCAGAAUCGGUUUUUGAAACCCAGCAUCUACCCCAAACCUCCCCGCCAGCCUGGCCUCGACUUCUCUCAUCAAAGCACCCCCGAAAUUUCUCGUCACAACAGUUAUCCAUCCACCCAGCAUGACUUGCAUCGGCCAAAGAUUAACCUGGCCAACCCGAGGUCAAACGAUCCCACUAACCCCACCCUAUCCCAGGGCCACGCGCACCAUCGACGUCCAUCAUUGAAUCAGUUCUCUCAGCAUCAUAGAGGGUCGGAACUCCAAAUGGUUGAGCGGGUGUGCGACCUCGGACAAGUCUCGGGGGCGUCACCGAUAUCUCGAUUCCCCGGUCCGCUUUUCAACGAGGGGUCUCCGGUUGCGAACGCGGUGUCGGCUUUGGAGAUGUUGUCCCAUUUGUGCAUGGAGAGCCGUUGGGAAUGGAUUGAUGGGAUGCUUCUAGGAGGCUGCUUGGCCUAUGGCCUGGGUGAUUAUCACAAAGCUAUGCGGUGGUAUUCUCGGAUUAUUGCGCGUGACUCGACACAUGUGGAGGCUAUUUCUAACCUCGCCGCCACCCUUUUGGCACUGGAUCGUCGGGAAGAGGCUUCGCAGAACUGGCUGCGUGCCGUAAAACUCCGCCCCAGCUUUUUUGAAGCCGUUGAACAUCUUAUUGGCUUGUUCUGCAGCACUCACCGCGGCAAAGAAGCUGUGAAUAUCAUCGAAUUUGUCCAGACCUCGCUCCGCCACCCCAAGGAUGGCGAUUGCUUCAAGACGGAUGAGCAUGCCAGUGAGCCCGAAAGCGAUGCGGAGAGCAAUGUGUCCGAUAUGGGGAUGUGCGACAAGGCCUCGUUUGAUUAUGAGGACGAUGUUGGGCGUGUGCAAAACUUGAACCUGGGCACGCCAGAUGUCCCCCCGAUACUGGCUUUGGUGCACGCCAAGGGCAACAUGCUUUAUGCCCUCGGCGACAAUGCUGGGGCCGCCGCCGCAUUCGAGGAUGCUGUUUUGAUUGCUGCUGGGAGACGACGUCAUGGGAUCCAGAGUCUUAUCAAACAGAUUUUUGCCGCCUUUUCUACUGGGUCGAGCCAGGGAUACCCUCCGGGGAGCAAUUCAACAGAGAGCAUCCUGCUUUACCCAGACCGGGCUUUGAAAACCUCGAAGCUUGUUUUCCAAGCCAACGGGACGCCACCAGGCCUCAAGUUUGUGGCGGAGGGUAUUGCCAGGAAUGCAGCUGUUUCCACCACCAGCAAUUCUCUCUUGUCCCUGGCGAAAAUCUACCAAGACGGUAUGUCCAGCGUUUCUUCUGGACAGGCGCGGUCGACGCCUAGUGUCCGCGAUAUCUUGGCUCUCUACUACCUCUCGCUCUCCUUGCAGCCCAGUCCAUCCACCGCGAACAAUGUGGGCAUUUUGUUGGCCGGGAUUCAGAACAACCCACCGGCUCGGGGAAUGGUACGCCCCAAUGGAGAGUGUCAGCACCCUGAAAUUCCAGGGGUUGUUCCCGGUAGUGGCAUCUCUCUGGCGCUUGCAUACUAUAACUAUGGCCUGCGCCUCGAUGCCCGUCACGCUCAUCUUUAUACAAACCUUGGGAGUUUACUCAAGGAUAUUGGGCAGCUGCAGGCCGCAAUAAAGAUGUACGAGCAAGCAGUCCAGUGCGACGGCAAUUUCGAUAUCGCGUUGGCGAACCUGGCCAAUGCGGUCAAGGAUGCUGGUCGGGUCAACGAUGCUAUCUCUUACUACAAGCGUGCCGUCAAAGUGAACCCGGAAUUCGCCGAAGCCGUCUGCGGUUUGGCCAAUGCCUUGAAUUCUGUUUGCAACUGGGUCAGUCGUGGAGGCAUUGUCAACGCACGGGGAUUUCGUGACCGGUGGCAUGUUGAUGAAAAGGGAAUGCUUCGGGACGCCCACAGUAAUGAUUCGGGUACCGGUUGGAUUAAGCGCGUCGUCGACAUUGUUGACCGGCAGCUUAGGGAGGGUGAGUAUUGGGGCCGGGGGUUGUUGAAUACGAGCACUACGGAGCAACUGUGUGCUCAACUUGCGCCCGCUCUCGAGUCUAGUCGCUUCCCUGCCAGCCACCGGGUGUCCUUGCUCAAGAUUCUGCAGUCAUGGGCUGGCCAGAAAUGGGAAGGAUCCCGGGUCGUUCGGCUCAUCGAGCGUGCCACCCGGUCUGUCACUUGGCAAUGGUAUCAAGACCGAUAUGUCUAUGGGGAGGACUAUCCGGCCCUCAAGUAUCGUCGACCGCAGCUCCCAGCGGCGCUCACGGCACCGAAUGCGCCUACGGUUCUACCCUUUCACACGUUUACCUGUCCCCUCUCCGCCAAGCAAAUCCGCCAGAUCUCUCAGCGCAAUGGUCUGCGGAUCUCAUGUUCAACGCUGCGGCUGCCCUGGCUCCCGCAAACUGUGUACCAGCCACCGUCGCCUCCAAACCCGUGCCUCCGCGUGGGUUAUGUCUCGUCCGACUUUAAUAACCACCCUCUUGCACAUCUGAUGCAGUCGGUAUUUGGGCUGCACAACCCGUCUCGAGUCAAGGCAUAUUGUUAUGCCACCACCGCCAGCGACAAAUCGGUGCAUCGCCAACAAAUUGAGAAAGAGGCACCUGUUUUCCAUGACGCCAGUGGAUGGUCGGUCGACCGAUUGGUCAAGCAGAUAGUGGAUGAUGGCAUUCAUAUUCUGAUCAACUUGAAUGGCUACACCCGAGGCGCUCGCAACGAGGUCUUUGCAGCUCGCCCCGCCCCAAUCCACAUGUCUUUUAUGGGGUUUGCCGGGACGCUCGGUGCUGAGUGGUGCGACUACAUUCUUGCAGACCAGAUCUCGAUUCCGCCGGAGACUCUCGCCCCUUGUCGACGCACGACUCGGAUUGAGGAUCGCGUCCUUGAGGAGGACAAUGGCGAGGACCUCGAGAAUUGGGUCUAUGGGGAGAAGGUUGUUUACACCCGCGACACGUUUUUCUGCUGCGACCAUCGGCAAAGCGCGCCGGAUGCGGGGGAGAAACACAUAUCUUGGGAUGAAGAGCAAAUUCGGCGUUGGAAGAUGCGGAAAGAGCUGUUCCCUAAACUCAGCGAUGAUACUAUUAUCUUAGGGAACUUCAACCAGCUGUACAAGAUUGAACCCACGACGUUCCGGACGUGGCUACGCAUUUUGGCGCGGAUCCCGAAUGCCAUCCUUUGGCUUCUUCGGUUCCCGGAUCUGGGCGAGCAGAACUUGCGGGACAUUGCCAAGGCCUGGGCCGGCGAAGAGACGGCGUCCCGGAUCAUCUUCACGGACGUGGCGCCCAAGAACACGCACAUUGCACGCGCGAAGAUUCUCGAUUUGUUUUUGGAUACUCCCGAGUGCAAUGCGCACACGACGGCCACCGAUGUUCUCUGGAGUGGCACGCCGCUGCUGACGCUUCCGCGCUACAAGUACAAGAUGUGCUCGCGCAUGGCCAGCAGCAUCCUGAGUAGUGCGCUGCCUAAAUCCGAGCUCGGCCACCGCGCCCGUGACGAGCUGAUCGCCCGCUCGGAUGAAGACUACGAGAACAAAGCUAUCCGGCUGUGUCUAGACCUGCAGUAUGUGGCAGGCGGCGAGGGCCGCGCGCGCGGGCGUCUGGCAGACAUGCGGCAAAUGCUGUUUCGGGAGCGAUACCGCAGCCCGCUCUUUGACACGAGGCGCUGGGUCCGUGAUUUGGAAGACGCCUACGAGGCAGUGUGGGCGCAAUGGGUAAACGGCGAAGAAGGCGAUAUCUGGUUAUGA